AUGAUUUAUCGUCAACGAAAUCUUUUUCCAAAAUUUUUACGUACUUAUUCAUCAAUUAUCACAGAAAAUAGAAAAGAAAAAUUUAUCAAACACUUUUCUAGAAUAUCACAAACACUCAAAGAAAAAGAAGAUAACUUUAAUUCUUCUAUUUCAGAUAGAUUUAAAAAUGGGAAUAUUGAAAGAAGAAAUGGAGAUUGUUCUGUUUUGGUGCCAUUGGUUGACAUUGAUAAUGAGACACAUUUAAUUUAUACACAAAGAUCUAUGUCAAUGAGGACACAUAAAGGACAAAUAUGUUUUCCUGGUGGAAGAUUAGAUUCAAACGAAACAUGGGAAAUGGCAGCACUUCGUGAAGCUCAGGAAGAGAUAAAUUUAAAAAGUCAUGACAUAGAUGUGUGGACAUUAAUGAAACCCAUAGCUGAUAAAGAAAUGACAUAUGCUAUUACUCCUAUUGUAGGACAAGUUAUCACUCCGGAUGCUAUAAAACAUCUUCAUUCUGUAACAGAGGAAGUUGAUGUAGUCAUAGCUGUUCCUAUUAUGGAACUUGUUACAAAUCAUCAUUAUUCAUUUUUGAAGUUAAAAGUUUCUUUAAAAAUACCAUACUAUGAAAGUAAACACUAUAAAGUGUUACAUGCUAGACAAGACAAUUUUACUAGGCCGGAUUUUUAUAGAAUUUGGGGAUUAACUGGUGUAAUUACACACCAAUUUUUGUUAUACUUUACUCCUGAAAUUUAUAAAUCAAAAGUUGAUUUAAAAUUUUAA